AUGAACCUUCGAAAGAGCAUCAACCGCCCUCAGAAACUACAAGAUGAGAUCGCAUACGGCAAGAGAUCCAAGGACCCCACCCAGCCAGCCUUCCCUGAGAAGCUGAGAGCACAAGUUAUUCCUUUCAAUCCUCAUCUUCCACCAGCUGUCUUUCCGAGCCGGCCAUUAGAAGUAGACAUUUAUGGCGAAGAUGAGGGUACGGCAACCGCAAAGGCAGCUGCAGAUGCUGAAGAAAGCUCUGAUGAUGACUGCCAUAUGAGCAACGUCGAUUCACUUCCUAUUGGUUUGUACCCAAAGAUGCGAAACGUCCCGACGUCAAAAUCACCAGCAGAUGUUGCCUUCGAAGAUGAGAUGGCUACUAGUGACGAUGAUCAUGGCGAUGUGCCUGGCCAAGAAGAUAACCAUCCGCCAUUCGAUACGCAGAAUAAUGGCCGCGAGCAUCUCAGUCAGCAGAUCAUCAUAAAUCAUACCGUGAACUGGAGCGAUCUCUGCCCCGCUGUACAGUUGGCCAUCAUCAGUCGAUUAUCCGAGAGGUAUCCCAUGUCCAAAGUCUACGAUAUGCUUGGUUUAUAUGCACAAGAACUUGGAGAUGUUACAAGGCUUGCGCAGCAGUACAAUUAUCAAAGCCGGAUGGAGGAUUAUCUCAUAUUCUGGAUGCAACAGGAUCAGCUCAAUGGGAUAUUACGUGUCGACCACACAUUAACACUGCGAGGAGCGCCGGAGGCAUAUCAGGAGUUCCAGACUCGGAGUUUUAUGCACAAGAUUCAAGCUGAGAUCGAUGAGAGCCUGCUGCAGGCGACUAGGGCCGCGGUAAAUCUAGGCAAAAGAUUUCUUGGGCAGCGAAGUAUUCCACGAGAAAUGGUUGGAGAUUGGGGUUAUCUGUCCGGACAAACACGUGCAGCACGUCCUCAUGAUCGUCAGGUACUAUUACUGAAUCCUUUGACACCAGAUCGAAGUGGCUGGGACUCUGGCUACGUCUCAGCUGUCAGCCCGGACAGAUUGCAGACAGAGCAAGACACAGAAAAUGCUCUUCGUUCCAGCCCUCACUGCGACAGUCAACCCAGGAAGGGGCCGGAACCGAGGGAGACUGCCAGAACUCGGAGCUUGAAGAAGGUGCAGCAUCAGAAAAUAUGUGCACCAGCCGAGAAGCAGACAGCUCGACAUCGCAGCUCUUCUCGGGCCCGGUCCAAUUCCCCAGUCCCAGCGGAUGACAUAUCUGCGGCACGAUCUAGCGGCCGAUCUCGAAGGAAUGUACAGCCGAAGCAAGAAUAUGUUGAAGCCAUAGCAAGGCUUCAGCCUGGAGCAUAUGGUAGCGAGGGCGAAAGUGACUGUGAAAUGUCAGACGAGAUUGACAAAGAAGCCCAGAAACUACAGCCCAACCCUCCCUCAACACGGCUGUUUAUUACUGCUGAUAACCGGCUAAGAGCUGUGCCGGCACCAUCUACUUCUAUUGGGAGCCCUAAAUCAAGUGCCAAUACGAAGCAGGCCGGCUCCAAUGUCCCACGACUACCCGCACCCAGCUUAUCAGGAAGUCCCUCAAAUAGCCCUAGGAGGAUUGCUUCACCACUACCUCUUUCGCGAGUUGUCGUUCGGCCUCCUAAAACAAUGUCCAAGUUUAAGCAGAUAAACACCAUUGCAAAACCUUCAGCGGGUUCAGUGAUGAAUAAGUUCAAUCAAAAUCUACUUGGCAUGUCCAGAGAAGGAAAUGAUUUUACGAAAUCCAUGCUUAAGGCUUCGGAGAGAGAUGCAGCAAAAUCAACUCCAUGGAUUCCGGUCCAGCCAAAGCCCUACGCUGAAACCAGUCUGCCAGCAUCAGUUGAUCACCGAAGACGAUCCGAAACAGCGGCCCCUGCCUUCUCGCCAAUUUCUGAACGAUUCACCAAAUUGUCCUACGAUGGACCUCCAUCAACUCAAGCGGUUGGCAAUACAACGCACGAAAAUGGUAAGUUAGAAAAGGCUGGUCCAAUAAGUGACGAAAACGCCAUGGAAAGCCCGUUACCUGCCACUCCUGACUUCACAUCGACGCCAGCAUCUAUAUCUCCUGACAUAGUGCAGGGGAAUAGAUCUAUUGUGACUGAGGCUGGUUCACCUGUCCCCGCUCGAAGGAAAUUGAGCUCUAAAAUCUCCACCUCUACCAGUGGAAUCGUCAUCGGCCACCAGGAGCAAGGGUUGAAGAAUGACCAUCAAUUGACCGCAGCUACAUUUCGGCCUCGUGCGACGCCACAGCAACCGGACCCCGAUACAGAAAACACGUACCCAAGAUUGGAUCCUGUCUCUGGAAUCGUCAUAAAUGACCAAUCAAUUCAUCAAGACCCUCCAUCUACAGCAGAUUCAAUCACUCAACCACAAAUUGCACCUGUCUCACAGAACGCCCGACCACUGACACCCCUCCAGGAAGCAGGGGAAGGAGUCAAAAAGGCAGCCGCCAAUCUAAAAUCUAUUGCCACUGGGCUCACCAAAACCACACUUCCAAUCACAAAUCUGUCAGCCGCGGACCCAGCACUCACCGGGCCACAGAAUGGUACAAUACCCACCUUUGGGGUCGCGAAGACAACAGUGUCUCAAGACGCUCCGAAAGAGAAGAGGAGAUAUAGAAAAUCUGAGGCGCAGAGGAAGAAAGAAGCGGACCUGGCGGAGAAGAGGGAGCGAGACCGGAGGGAAAAGGAGGCAAGGCUGGCGAUGAAAGCAAGGGGUCGGGAGGUUGGGAGAGCACAGCUUGCGGCAACAGCGCAGGAUCCUGAGGCGUCAAGGUGA